GAGACUCUCAGUGCCGUAUACACAAAACCAUCUGUGUUAGGAUCAUUGUAGUGUGAUCGUGGACGCGUGAAUAUAGUCGGAGGCUUGCGCGUCUCACUGGGUGGUGCAGGCGACGCCAUGCAGAUCAUCCACCUCGCGCUCCUGCGCACCUCCUCGCCGGGCGACGCCGUCGUCCUGAGCCAGUGCAGCGACCUGGCCCAGUUCGGCUUCUUCGAGCGGCCCACCGUGCGGCAGAUGCUGCAGUUCUUCGCCAAGACGGUCUGCGGGCGCGUCUCGCCGGGCCAGCGCGUCUCCGUGGACCAGGAGGAGAUGGAGGGCUACCGCGUGCACGCGCACGUGCGGGCCGACGGCCUCGCGGCCACGGCGACGUGCGACGCGGAGUACCCCGCGCGCGCGGCCUUCUCGCUGCUCGCGCAGGCGCUCGCCGAGUUCGAGCGCGCGAGCCCGGGCUGGCGCACGGGCCUCGAGCGCGACUGGCCGCCGCUGGCCGAGCACCUGCGGCGCGCGCGCGACCCGAAGGCCUACGACCGCAUCGCCAAGAUCCAGGGCGACCUCGACGAGACGACCGACGUCCUGCACAAGACGAUCGACAACCUGCUCGAGCGGGGCGAGAAGCUGGACUCGCUCGUGGAGCGGUCCGACGACCUCUCGAAGCAGUCGAAGAUGUUCUACAAGCAGGCGCGGAAGACGAACUCCUGCUGCGUCGUGAGCUAG